AUGUCUGGGGACAUUAAUGUUGCAGUUGCGUCAUUCAUCGAUCGAUUGAAGAGACGACAAGUUUACGGAUCUUACCAAGUUUCUUUGGAGACACUUCAGUUGCUGAAACGGUUUGUCUCUGCUGCAAGAUGGUCAGGUAUUGACGACUUGAUUGCACAGCUCCGAGAGCUGGGCACUAGAUUGGGCAAAGCCCAGCCCACAGAGUUCACCUGCGGAAACAUCAUCAGAAGAGUGCUGGCGCUGAUCAGAGACGAAGUGGAAGAUGAGGCGGCUCUGCAGAACCAGCUGCGCAAAACAGCUGAACCUAUGAUCUCGUCGAUGUUCAGUUUGCUGCAAAAACCAGUCGUAGCAUCGUCGACGUCGUUGUCGUCGUCGUCCUCUUCGUCGUCAUCGUCGCCAUCUGAUGCCGCUGGGAGCACUGGACAGCAGCAGCAUCAGCAGAGCUCGUCUUCAAACGAGCACCCAAAGGCAGACAUGCGUCAGAUCAUUAUCCAGGGCAUCAAAGAUCUCAUAGACGAAAUCACAAACAUCGACGACGGCAUCCAACAGAUCGCCAUCGAUCUCAUUCACGACCGCGAAAUUCUGCUGACACCAACUCCAGACUCGAAAACGGUUCUCAAAUUCCUUAUCAAGGCCCGUGAGCGCAACAAUAGAAACUUUACCGUGCUCGUGACGGAAGGAUAUCCCAAUAACACGCAGGUCGCUCAUCAAUUUGCGAAAAAGCUCUCUGAACACGGUGUGGAAACAACUGUCAUUCCGGACACUGCGGUGUUCGCGCUCAUGAGUCGAGUGGGUAAAGUCAUCAUUGGCGCAAAGACAGUUUUCACCAACGGUGGGACCAUCUCGUCCACUGCUGGUGUUUCUUCAGUUUGCGAGUGUGCCCGUGAGUUCAAAACGCCUGUUUUCGCUGUAGCUGGUCUAUACAAGCUCUCACCUCUGUACCCCUUCGACAUCGAGAAGUUUGUUGAAGUGGGUGGCUCGCAGCGCGUUUUGCCCACCAUGGAGAAUCACCGUGUCGGAAACCACAACAGGCUAGAUACCGUGAAUCCUAUUGCUGACUACGUGCCGCCUGAGAACAUUGACAUCUACAUCACCAAUAUUGGUGGGUUCGCUCCCAGCUUCAUCUACCGUGUGGUUUGGGACAACUACAAACAACAGGAUGUGAACCUGGAAGACUGA